CAAUCACUUCCCUACUUACUUCACCACCCACUUCCAAACAAAAGAAACCAAAUAACAAACAUGCCCACCCCCAAAUCCCGCCCAACGGCAUCGUGCCUCCCGUGCCGAACCCGAAAAGUCAAGUGCAACCGCCUCCAACCAUGCGAAACAUGCAGUGCGCGGAACAUUGCGCACGAAUGUAAAUACGCUGUGCCGGAUGAGGAUAGGCAGGCGAUUGCGCAAGCGGAGAUGAUUGCGGAGUUGAGGGGGGAGGUGAAUCGGCUACGACAGCAGAUUAAUGAUCAUGAAUACUAUGAAUAUGAUCAUGAACAUAAUCAUGAGAAUCAUGAGGAUUUAAUGGGUGAGGGUAAUGUGUUAGAGGACGGGGGUUUACUGAUUGAGAGAUUGGAAAAUGGGGAGAGUUUGGGAGAAGAGGAGGAUGAUGAGUUGGAGAGGGUGUGGAGGGUGUUGAGGGAUGGGGAGUGGGAGAGGGUGAGGGAGGUGGUGGGGAGGAUUAGAGAUAUAUGGUGGGUUGGUGUGUAUGGUGGUAUAGCUUAA